AUGACGGUCGAGAGGAUAUUUGACGAGCUCGGACAUUUUAAAAGAUUUCAAGCAUGCGUGUACUUCGCGGCAGCUUUCCAGGCAGUGGCCUGCGGGAUCCACUAUCUAGCUUCAGUCUUCUUGGUGGAGACGCCCAACUUUGUGUGCGGUGUCCCCACCAACGUGUCCGACAUCUUGUUGGGCAACCAGACCGGCUCGCUUCUGGAGGACUUCCUGCCUCAGUUCAGAGGUGACACAGGGCCCUUAGUGGUACGGACGGACAACGGGCAACAGUGGGAGCUCGGUCGGUGUCACCGGGCGCUCCGGAUCCGUCCCGAAAACUUUGUUUAUGAGUUCCAUGGGAAUAAAACAGCGGAAAAGUGCGACAGUGCGUUCGCUUACGAUCAAAGCGAAGUGCUUCAAAGCAUCGUGACCGAUUGGGAUUUGGUGUGCGACCGUGCUUGGUUGGCUAAACUGUGUCAGCCUAUCUUCAUGUUGGGGGUGCUGGUGGGCGCGCUCGUGUUUGGGGACAUCGCCGAUAGAGUCGGCAGAGUGAAAAUCCUCAUGUUCACCAGCGUCUGUCAAUUUGGACUCGGGGUGUCUGUGGCUUUCUCCCCCAACUACUACUACUUUAUGGUGUUCCGCUUCCUCCUGGCUAUGGCAUCCAGCGGCUACCUCGUAGUGGUCUUCGUGUACGUCACCGAGUUCACCGGCAUCAAAGUCCGAACGUGGACCUCCAUGCACGUCCACGCCGCCUUCGCCGUAGGCAUCAUGGUGGUAGCUCUAACUGGCUACCUAGUGCGAGUUUGGUGGAUCUACCAGAUCUUCCUGUCGCUCUGCACCUCACCUUUCCUGCUCUUCUGCUGGAAGCUGCCCGAGACGCCCUUCUACCUCAUCGCUAAGGGGAAGUACAAAGAGGCGCAGAUCCUACUGGACAACAUGGCCCGCGUCAACGGUUUGGAGAAUCGCCUAAGGGUGGAGGAUCUGCUAGAGUCGGAGGAGCGCAACGGCGAAACGCUGCUGGAGAAGCAGGAGGCGGUGGAGCGCUCUUCGGAGAAGAAACUGUCCAUUUUGGAUUUGUUCGGGAGUUGGAGGAUGGCGGGACGUACGUGCACGGUGUGGGCUAUCUGGUUCAUCGGCAGUUUGGGAUACUACGUUUUCUCGCUGGGGUCUGUCAACCUGGGGGGCAACCAGUACAUCAACCUCUUCCUGGUCGGUGCGGUGGAGCUUCCCUCGUAUCUGGUGGGCUGCUUUGGCAUGGACCGCAUCGGGCGUAAGAAGACGUGCGCCCCCGCCCUGCUGCUGGCGGGGGUCGCUUGCAUUCUCAUCAUCGUGGUCCCUUCGGAUAUCGAGGCACUAGCCAUCGCUCUCAGCAUGAUUGGAAAGUUUGCCAUCGCCAUCGCCUUUGGUCUCAUCUAUCUGUACACGUGUGAGCUUUACCCCACCAUCAUCAGGUCUCUGGCAGUGGGCAGCGGCAGCAUGAUGUGCCGCGUGGGCAGCGUAGUGGCGCCGUUCUGCGUCUACCUGGCCGACGUCUGGGUCUACCUGCCUCAGCUCAUCGUGGGCAUCCUGGCUUUCAUCAUCGGCGUCCUGACCUUAUUGCUUCCCGAGACGCUGGGCAGACCGCUGACGUCCACCCUGGAGGAGGCCGAGGCGCUGGGACGAAGCGACAAGAGGGAAAAACCGCAGCGUGGGAUGGAAAUGAAGGUCCACGGGUGA